GUGCUAGAGAAGCAGACGCCGCUGAUUGUUGUACUCCCGACGGGCGGAGGCAAGAGCCUGCUGUUCACAGUGCCGGCUUGCGUGGAGGGGCUGGGGGUGACGGUGGUCGUUGUGCUGUACUGAGCGCUGAUUAAGGAUCUGGUCAGGCAGAUCCAGCUAUCUGGCGUGGAGUGCAUAGAGUGGAAGCACAGCAAGAGCAACCUAGCGUUGGUGGUGGUGGUCAGCGCAGACGCAGCUGGCGACAUCACAAGUGCUGGCAAUUUUCUGGGGUACGCGCGGAUGCUGAAGGCAAAGGGGCUGCUGCACCAGAUUGUGAUCGACAAGUGCCAUCUAGCGUUCACAGCAAGGAACUGGCGGGAGAAGCUGCUGGCAAUGAAGAACUUGCGGCUUCUUGGGAGCCCGCUGGUGAUGCUGACAGCAACGCUGCCGCCGCUGCAAGAGGGAGAGCUAGAAGCAAGCAUGCUUGUGCGUCAGGCAACGUACAUCAGGGCAAGCACAGUGCGGGCAAACGCGCGGUACUUUGUGUCAUGGUGUCAGCGCGACAAGGUGGAGGAGACAGCGCUGUUCAUGUGCAAGCGGUGGGUAGAGAAGCUGCGGCAAAGUGGACAGAAGGGGGUGGUGUACUGCAAGAGCAAGAAGCAGAGCGAGAGGCUCGCGGAGGAGCUGGGAUGCGCGCACUAUCACGCAGACGUGGCAGACCGUGCGGACCGGCUGCAGGGGUGGGUUGAGAGGGGUGGGAUGAUGGUGGCAACGUCGGCGCUAGGGACAGGCGUGGACUUUGCUGGCAUUGUGUACAUCUUGCACGUAGGCACGCUGUGGAGCAUAAGCGACUUUGCGCAGGCGAGCGGGCGCGGGGGACGAGGGGGCGAGCAAUACGAGGUGGUGGUGCUGGUAGGGCAGGGAGAGGUAGAGCAGGUGAUGGAGCGAGAGAAGGAGAAGAUGGACGUGCUCGCGAUGGGGCAGUUUCUGAUUGGCAGCGGAUGUCGACGAGAGCUGAUGAGCUCGUAUCUAGACAAGCGGGGGCAGAGCUGCAGCGAGCUUGGGGCAGCGGGAUGCGAUCAGUGCGGAGAGGGCGAGGAGGUGUAGAUAGAGGAGCAGGAGAAGUAGUCGCGAGAGUGGGCGGUGGUGGAGGAGGCAUUCACAGAGCUGCGAGAGGGGUGUGCGAUCUGCUGGGUGGUGGGGCAGGAGUUCAAGACAGCAACAGAGGAGCAGUGGAGAGGACACAAGGCAAGGCAGUGCACGGCAUGGGGUCAGGGGACAGGGAUGCAGGCAGAUUAGUUCUAGGGGAAGAUGCAGGAUCAGACAGUAAAGA